CUCUCUCUAAAACUCUAAAACAGGAACACGUACGUUCUAAGACCGAAGAAGAAAGAAGGAAGCAAAGAAGGGGACUGAUAUGAGCGGCAGUACGAGCAGUAGUGUGGGUGGAAGCAGUGGUGGUGGUGGCGGAGGUGGCGGAGGUGGCGGAGGUGGUGGGCCGUGUGGCGCUUGUAAAUUCUUGAGGAGGAAGUGUGUGAGCGGGUGCAUUUUUGCACCAUAUUUUGAUUCAGAGCAAGGGGCGGCGCACUUCGCUGCGGUGCACAAGGUGUUCGGGGCCAGCAACGUGUCCAAGCUCCUCCUCCACAUCCCCGCCCACAAGCGCCUCGACGCCGUCGUCACCAUCUGCUACGAGGCCCAGGCCCGCCUCCGUGACCCCGUCUAUGGCUGCGUCGCCCACAUCUUCGCCCUCCAACAACAGGUGGUGAACCUCCAGGCGGAGCUGUCCUACUUGCAGGCCCACCUCGCGACGCUCGAGCUGCCGACCCCGCCGCCACUUCCCCCUCCGCCACAGCUCUCCACACCGCCACCCUUCUCGAUAUCAGACCUCCCCUCCUCGUUGAACAUGCCUGCCACCGUCGAUCUCUCCACCCUCUUCGACCCUCAGGUGCAGCCCCACUGGUCCCUUCAACAGCAGCAGCAACGGCCAAUAGCGCUCGGGCAGCAGCUCGGCCCCGGUAGCAGAAGCCUCGGCGAGAGCUCGCGAGGUGGCAGCGGGGACCUGCAGGCACUGGCGAGGGAGCUCCUCGACCGGCAAAGGACUGCCACAACUGAGCCCCCUCCCCUCUCCAAAUGAUCUGAUGCAGUGACUCAAGGCGGCUGCCUUCCCGGCAAUAACAAUUAUUAAUGUUGGCAGGUGACCGGAGAUCCAGGAUCCACUUGCUUAUAUAUUGUACUGAGAGGGAUGAAGUAGUUCUUUUUCCCCACUGUUUCAUCGCUUAAAAGGCUUUGCUUGAAACUGAGGUGACGGAAUCUAAUGGACUAUAAUUGAGAAAAAGAAAGAGAUAUUAACGAUCUAUAAAGGCUAAUUAAGCAUUCAGUCCGUAGCCUAUCUUUAGGAGGGGAAUGGUAGGGCCGGUUGAGCUCAUUCUAUUGUUCAGCAUGAUCAAGAAGUUGCAGCAGGUCGUUUUCAAUGGAGCAUAUAUAUUGCUUUCAAAUUAGAUUGCAAUAAAUGAUGAUGUUUAUGGGGAUCAAUGAUUGGGGCAACUUGAAAGAACCGUUUAGUUUCUCAUUGCUGACAAUAUUCUUUCGUUGUUCAUCUGCCCUUGCUUUCAGGAUCUAUGGUGUUGUUAAUGUUGGAAAGUGACAUCAAGUAGGGCAGCUUGGCAUUCUUUCCACACGUAAUUCCUCUACUUGGUAAAAUGUUAAUCAUUGGACUCCCAGCUAUAAAUUUGGAUCCUACGAGUCAGCUGUCCUGUCAUUGCCACAACUUCAGCUUUUCCUGCCUGUAUGAGGCAGGACAAUACUUGUUUGGAGGUUGAUUUUGAUUCCAAGAAGUUUUGUGUUGACUUUUAGCUAGUUUAACUGCUACGUUGGUAAAAACCAGACACAAAAUUUUAGCACAAUACUGGAAUAGAGUUUGAGUUAAUUUAGGAAAGAUGUUCAUAGAUUUUUGGAUUGAAUUAAGAGCCAUAUACUGCAUACCUUGAGUUGAGUCGGAAAGGGCUUAAGAAUGGGCGUCAAAGUUGUUUCAGGAGUUGCUUUAGCGCGUUCAUAUUAUAGGGAAAGCUAUGAUUAUGAAUCGACGCUGUAUUACCUUUAAUUGUGAAUAAUAAUAUUAUUCUGGUGGUGAAUGCCAUGCAAUCCCACGAGCAUCCUAGGCUAUCACCUUAGCUCAUAUGCUUCUGCUUGCAAAAGUCUGCCAUCUGACGCUCAAAAUACCCCAUUUUGCUUCCAAAUAGGCUGAAGGGGCUUAUUGUUGGAUGUGUGAUUCCAAAAAUUGCUAAUGGAUGUAAAAAUAAUAUAUAAUAAGAAUUUUUUAAAAUUAAAAGAAUGACAGUUUGCCUGGAUCAAGACAUAUGAAAAAUACUAUCCUAAGAAUGAAAUUCGCUUCCUCAUAUUGGGUAGUGAGAUUUUUUCCAAGGUACAAUGAAACUCGGGUCAGCACUGUCCUUCACUUCUGAGCACAAU